AUGAAGUUUGGGCUUGCGCAAAUGGUGACGGGAUGUGGGAAUUGGGGAGCGGAGAGGUUGGUAGAAAUGGCGUACGAAGGCUUGACUUGGGCAAGUUUGCAUAGAUUUGGGGAGGAGGUGGAGCAGUAG